AUGGCCCGAAAUUAUCCUGCGAGUACGCAGAAACAAAAGUUUUUGGAAGAAUCAUACAACAAGGAGCGUGAUACAAGGCUUGUGUGGUUCUUUUCAAAUUCAGCGAAAGGUAAUCCACUGUCACAGUCCAAACAGUCAGAGGCUAUGAAAAGAAAUAUCCAAAACGCACCGAAACCGGCGGCGGAUUUAUUUAACAAAUUACCAGCGGACAAAACACCUAAACGGUUUAACAAGAAAAAGUCAGAUUUUCAAAAUGUUCCAUUUAAAGAAAGAAAUACUGGCGAACUACUGAGUGUUGCGAUGCAUCCAGUUACACCACAUGUUAGAAGUAAGCUGUACGACGGAUUCACUAAAGAGGGAAGAGGUCGAUACCAAUAUCUUUGUGACAGAUACAAGGAAAGUCCAGAGGACAAAUUCCAGUUCCCUCUACUUAGUUCCUGGGAAUACGGAUGGCGGUUGGGAGAUGUUGUGAAGAAAAGUGAGAUUAAGAAACCUCCGUUUGGACGUACAAGAAUAGUUGCAGACACCUUUUAUACAAGGACUGGUAUUCCUACUAGCCCCGCUGUUGAUGUGUAAAGGUAACAGUUAAUUCAAGAAUGAUUAAUUUACUGAACUGAGUUAAUUAUUAAGUCUUCUGCAAAAGUAUUAUUUAUGGAGAAAAAAAAAACUAAAGCAUUUUGUGAUAUCACCCGUGGACACUGUGUCGCUGUUCGUCUCGUCCGUAACCGUGUUCGUGAAUAUGUACUGUUGGUAGUGUUGAGAAGAAAGUAUCUGAACAUUCUACAUGGAGACAUUGGAACGUGUAUAUAUACCUGUACCAUUGUUGGAUCGUAUUUGUGAUAAAAGUUUGUUUAAUUGUUUGUUGUAAUUCUAUUCGAGUGAAAAUAUGUGUGACUUACUACAUUUUAUAGCAAUCAAUUAUUGGAAUUUUCGACGUUUGUCCAAUUUUAUAUUUAAGAAGGACACGUCAACCACAACGUGAAAACUAAUUUCAUUUGCUCAAAGUAGCAUUCUCUAGUAUAUGUUGUUUGUAUGUAUUUUAAUGUGAUAAUGCAAUAUGAAAACGUGUACAUAUCCAUAUUGUGUGAAAAGUUUAACUUGAAUUAUAUAUACAAUUGUACAUAUCAUAAUCGAUAAGAGAAAACUCAUCCAUUUCUCUUUUCAACCCUUAAUCAGUGCCGUCCGUCCAAAACUGGCAGAUUUUGUCUAUUAUCCAAUGUUGCAAAUACCUGUACAUAUAUCAUACUAUUAUGUUCUAUUUGUACAUAAGAAUCACUGGCGUGUAUACCUUAGCGGGCUUAAGUAUAAUUAAAUGUAGGUUUUAUACAUGUAUAUUACUAGCUUUACACCACUUGAAGAAA